AUGAUCCGGCCACAUGUCUUCGUGGGCCAGAGCUCGGCAAAGGGCUCCGAAGGCAUGGACCAGAAGACUCAGCUUUCGAUCAUUGAGAAAUUCAAAGGAGGAACCUACAACACUAUCGUUGCCACAUCCAUCGGUGAAGAAGGUCUGGAUAUUGGUGAGGUCGACCUCAUCGUGUGUUACGAUUCCUCCGCAUCACCUAUUCGCAUGCUCCAACGGAUGGGUCGAACGGGCCGUAAGAGAGCGGGUAGGAUCACUUUGCUGCUGAUGAAGGGCAAGGAGGAGGACAACUAUACCAAGGCCAAAGACAACUACGAGAAAAUGCAGCAAAUGAUCGCCAGUGGAAGCCGGUUCACCUUCCAUGAUGACCGAUCUGCUCGUAUUCUGCCUCCAGGAAUUCGGCCUGUCCCCGACAAACGACAUAUCGAUAUUCCUCCAGAAAAUUCCCAGCAAGAGCUUCCCGAACCAAAGCGCAAGGGCAAGAUACCUAAGCGUCCUCCGAAGAAGUUCCAUAUGCCAGAUGAUGUGGAGACGGGGUUCGCUCGCGCUUCGACACUGGAGGAGAGCUUCGCCAAGUCUGCGAAGAAGAAGACGAUGCCUAAGAAACGACCUCGCACACCUACACCGGAGCCGGUGGCUGUGCCGCUCUUGAAGGACGUUGUCCUGUCUGCGAGCGAGCAGCAGGAACUGGAGAAUCACUAUCAGAAUAUUGGCGAUACUUCACCCCAAUUCAUUCGCUAUCCACGAACCGAUGCCUUUCCACAAUUACAGCUCGUUGCCAGACCGACUAAGAUGGUGAAACAUGGCUCUCUGACUCGACGGAUGAUCACAACCUUGCAAAGGAUGGACAAGGCAGGUCCUGACUGCGAAGAUCGAUAUAAGCAGAUCAUAGCAAUGGAGACCGAGAAGGCUGCCAAAGCUCCUCCUCGUCGAUCAUUGUCUACUUCUCCGGCGAAGCAGCCACGCCGAUCUAAAGUGACGAAACCAUCUGAGAUUUUUGAGCCCUCCAUAUCCAUUGCUCCGGAUUUUGAAUACGGUGAACUCUCCGCAUUGAUGUCGCCCAAUGUUUCCGAUUCUGAGCCCCAACGGCAGCCACCGCCCCCAAUACCCAUCGAAAGUGACUUUGACUCCGGUGCCUCUGAUUUUGAUCUUCCGGAUGUGAGUGUCCUUUUUCAAGCAAAGCCAAAAGCACAACCUGCGCCUCCACCACAGCCACGGAGACCAAAGAGGCCUUUCUUGUCUGAUAGUGAUGAGUGA